CCUGUCUCUUGGCGGAGGUAGCCAUGAUCCCCGCCGCCACAGGGAUGCCGUGAGGAGCAGCUGUUGCGCGCAAAGUCUCCUCAAUUGCAACCAUCUUUUGUUUUCGAUCUGCUCUCCUGUAAGAGGCUCUCUUUUUUGGCGGUGCUGCCUUUUGACCCACGACGUCUACGCACCGCGACUGACUGGUAGAGGCAUCUUUGUGUGUCCGUCCUAUCGUUUACUUUGUGUAUUUCUGGCUUUUCUGAGAUCGCCUAAUCGGGAUAGCGCUGUUGUGAGGCUGUUGGGCAACUUGCCGUCUUGCUAUCGUCCCUAGAACAGAUCGACUCUUAUCACUCGCUUUUAUUGAUGCUGCGGCUUCUUGGACGACGCAGAUAAACCACCAUCCCCUACCUUGAGAUACUCUUCUUUUUUUUUUUUUUGGCAACCAGCAAAACUGCACAAAGAGCGCAGUCUUGUUUCAUCAGCCCGUUCAGCCAUGGACCAAGAACGCCCCUAUAAUGGCAACUACAGCAGCCGAACAGGCUCUCGUGCAAACCACCGCACCUCGGAGACCCCCACGUCACCAAAUGAUAUAAUGACUCCUCACCGCGCGAGCACGCCAGAGAGCCCAUAUCUCACUGCCACACCCGGAGCCGCCAGCAGCAGCAAUCCAUUUGGCGACGGUAUCGAGUCUCGGGCUUCGCAUAGAUCUUCGGCAGGAGGCCACAACCCCUUUGGCACGCCCGCCAUGUCGCGGCCGGCGUCAAGCUACGAAUCCGGAAGUGGGAUCGGCAACAGGUUCGAGGAGCGCGCUCAGCGGUACUUUCACAGCAGGAGGGUCCGCAAGGGCGAGGUGGAGAAGCCCUGGCUCGAGAAGCGUCACCCCAAGGAGAAAUGGGUUACCAUCCUGCCUAUCAUUGGCAUCCUCGUCGGAUUGGGUAUCUCGGGCGUGCUGGUCUGGGACGGCAUCAGGAGCGUCGUAAAGCACAAUUACUGCAUGGUCCUCGAUGAGAACUUUUCGGGCGGUCUGCGGGACGAUGUGUGGACGAAGGAAGUUACAGUGGGCGGCUUUGGCAAUGGCGAGUUCCAAGAAACAACUGGGACCGACGAAAAUGUUUUUGUCGAAGACGGAGUCCUUAAGAUCAAGGCCACUCUACAAGAUGAGACCAAGAUCCAACAGGAUACUGUUAUCGACCUGAUCAAGGAUGGCACCUGCACAUCUACGCUUGUGCAAGACUGCAUUGCCGCCACAAACACAACUGUCGGAAACGCAACCAUCGUCCCGCCCACUCGCUCGGCCCGUAUCCACACCAAAAAGGGCGCUACCAUCAAGUACGGCCGUGUUGAGGUCUCGGCUCGGAUGCCAGAGGGUGACUGGCUCUGGCCGGCAAUCUGGAUGAUGCCGGUCGAUGAUGUUUACGGUCCCUGGCCACGAUCCGGCGAGAUUGACAUUGCCGAGAGCCGUGGCAAUGACUGGAGAUACGCCCAGGGCGGCAACAACAUUGCGUCGUCAGCGCUGCACUGGGGCCCUAACGCGGCCAACAAUGCUUGGUGGCGCACCAACAACAAGCGGCAAGCUCUCAAGUCAACCUACUCUUCCGACUUCAACACGUUCGGCCUUGAGUGGUCGCAAAACUACCUCUUCACCUACAUCAACAGCCGCCUACUGCAAGUCAUGUACGUCAACUUUGACCAGCCGCUGUACAAGCGCGGCAACUUCCCAGAAGCGGGAGCCAACGGCACGCGUCUCCAGGACCCCUGGACCCAGACAGGUCGCAGCCAGACGCCCUUUGACCAGCGCUUCUUCCUCAUCCUGAACCUGGCCGUCGGUGGCACCAAUGGCUGGUUCGAGGACGGCAAGUCGGGCAAGCCGUGGCUGAACGGGAGCCCCAACGCCAAGAAGGACUUUUGGGAGGCGCGAGACAAGUGGUUCCCCACCUGGAAGCGCCCCCAGAUGGAGAUUCGCAGCGUCAAGAUGUGGCAGCAGUGUAACGGAAACGAGGAGCUGUAGAAAGGGAGAAGCACUACUCUGUUGUUGGAUUUCUUUUUUCGUCGAUGGAUUACGCGUCCUUUCACUUUUUUGCCUUGGCUUUUUGUUGUGCUGUUUUAACUACAUAGAUGGUGUUUGGGUAUCAUAAUGUCUUGAUUUCUGGCAAAUAGUACAUGGGACCCUAGUCUAGUUUGGAUUACAGUAGGGCAGUGACCUUUUCUGCAGGUCUCUAGGAUGAAUAAUGAGAAGAGUAACUAUCUUGGCUUUCUUACAUUCUACACCCCAACGUACUGUGUAAUCUUGUGUCAAUAGUGGUUGUUUCAACAAG